AAAACACCUGCGCCACUCCUGCCAUGGCAAAGCGACGGGGCAGAAACAGUCGUGGUGUGGGCAACAAGGAAAAAGACGACAAGGAGAAAGACGAGGAAAAGGAAAAAGAAAAGGAGCCCGGGGCAUCCCAGGGAAGCCAAAAAAAGGAUGAGAAGGAGCAAGAGCGUCAGAAACGCAGAAGGAGAGAGAGGAAAGAGCGUAAAGAAAAGGCUGGAAUCGACCUGGAGAAGGUGGCCAGACAACUGGAUUUCUAUUUCAGUGACGCCAAUCUACGUCGAGACAGGUAUAUGAAGAAAACCUUAGAUGAAGGUGAUGGUGCCGUUUCUCUGGAGAUUCUGCUGAACUUCAACCGCAUCAAGGCCCUGGGCGUGACGAAGACGUCGCAGCUUCUGGAAGCGGUGCAGUGCAGCGGGAUGUUGGACGUCGAAGAGGGGACCAAAGUCAGGCGAGACUUCCAGAAGCAUCCUCUUGGGACCUACGACCCAGUGUCAAGGACUCUGUAUGUCGAAGGUUUACCCUUGACCCUUGGAGUCGACGACCUCAAGAAGUUCUUCUCUGACUAUGGGCAGGUGAAGUUGGUCGAAGUGCCACAGCAUCGCGAGACGCGGGAACCCCGAGGAUUCGCCUUUGUCGAGUUCGGGGACGUGCAGGAGGCCGACGCUGCGCUUCGAGGCUGCAACGGGCUGUGGCCCUCCGUGUGGCCGUCGCGCUUUGAUGGGAAGAAGUUGCGGCUGAUGUGGAAGGCGGAGUGGCACCAGCAGUGCAGAGAGUACAAACUUCUGCAGGCCACCUCUCGUGGUCCCACUUUCGAGGGUCGCCCCAAGGGCGACCCUCCAGCCACGCCCUCCCGCAUUGUCCCCGCGGUGCCCGACGUCCCCGCGGUGCCCGACGUCCGCGACGGCGCCGGGGAGGCUGCGGUCACUGAGAGCGGCGCUACGGGGUCCACGGAGUCAGCGAGUGCCGCGGGGAGUUCGGAGGUGGUGGAGAAGCCCAGGCCGUCGCGAACGCCAGGAUGCCUCGUAAAACUCACGGGCUUCUCGGGCGACGAUGAACUGCUUUGCACACUGGCCAUCCGACAGUUUGCGGAACACGCUGUGACGGUGGAGUACUGCGACUACGUGCCAUCAGCGUCCACUGCGCUGUUGAGACUGAAGUGCCCAGAGGAUACUGCCACAUUGCUGGAAGACAUGAAGUUGACUGGUCGAAUGUUGGGCUGCCAGCAGCCCACGGCAGAAGUCUUGGGCCGUGAGGAAGAGGAGAAGUAUUGGCAAGAUGUCAUGCAACGUGCCCAGCAGCGCGGUCCCAAGAGCGACGCCCUGAAAGACACCAAGCAGACGGCGAAGCGCCGGGAACCUGAAAAUGUGGUGACCCGCAUCCGACGCUGGCGACCGGUGUCCAACCCAAACCGCAGCAAGUUUCGGGCUGGCUUCACGGACACCGCUGGGGGUUCCGCGAACUUCGUGGCCUCUGGCUUUGGGAAGCGAAAGGAGAAGCGUGCGCCGAAGGUGAUUCCUCCCCGGAAGCGGGAAGAAGAGGCUGGGCCAAGUGCUUCCUCCAAGGCCAAGAAAGUGGAGAAGGAGAAGGAGAAGGUUCCUUUGGUUCCACCCCCGAGCCCUUUCCAAUUGCCCGGAACCACCAGGAAGCGGCGGAGAGGCACCCAAGUGCCGCCCCCCAGCCCUGCGCUGCCGCCCCCGAGCCCCUGCGGACGGUCCGAGUCCAUGUCCCCCGAGUCCGACGCCGCCAGCGCCGAGCCACCCGCGGUGCCGCCGCCAGAGCCACCGGAAGGGGACCUGGAGUUUGAUCCGGAUGACAUCGUCAGCAUGAUGGAAGAUUUCUGAGGGCUCGUACCUGGAGGUUGCAAAUCGCCGUACCUGGAACAGCCGAACGCACUUCCAAACGCGCAAACGAUCGAACUGAAGCGGUGCCCC